AUGCUGAUCAAGGUGCGGACGUUGACGGGGAAAGAGAUCGAGUUGGACAUUGAGCCGGACUACAAGGUCUCACGAAUCAAAGAACGAGUCGAAGAAAAGGAAGGCAUCCCGCCGGUCCAGCAGCGGUUGAUCUACGGUGGAAAGCAGAUGGCCGACGAGAAAACAGCCGAAGACUACGGCCUCGAAGGCGGCAACACUCUACAUCUGGUCCUCGCGCUGAGAGGGGGCGCCUUCAGCUGA